AUGGCAGUUCGUAUGUUCAAUAACUCAGGCUUGAUCAAGAAAGGAAUAGGCAAACAUUGUGACGGAAAUCCAUUUUCACGUAAGAACAUUAAUCUAAUGAACCUGGUAUCUAAUAUGGAGGUACCAGAAAAUGCAAAGGACGACAUCCUUCUCAGAGAUGAAAAGGGGACAGAGAAAUUUGAAGAAUUUGUGUCUGAGCGGGUUGUUGCAUCCACAGCAAAGAUGUCGAUUUGGGAUCCAAUGAAGAAAAUCAAGCCGAAGACCUUUACUACAUGCAGGAAGAAGACACAAUGCAAA